AUGAGUGGGAAUUCUCAUAGCACGAGACUUUCAUCUAACAGACCCACAGCAAAACGGUCUCCUUCCAUUCUUGUUACUGAUGUCAGAAGCGAUAAAGUCAAAGGGGCAAGAGCUCCAUUUGCUGGUCAAAGCUACAAAAAGCAACAGCAACAGUUACAACAACAUUCCAAUUACAGCUUCCAACAACUGCAGCAUCUCAAUGCUUUACAACUGCGAUUCAAAAAUAAAUAUACUGAUAUUUCAGUAGACAAAUUAUUAAGCAAGUCAAGUGAUAUUCCUUCCGGGUUGAGUAGAUUACCCCCUCGAUUAACCAGGCAAAGCUAUGGUAGUUCUUCAUCUUCGCCGCCACCACCCAUUCAAGGCUCAUAUGCAGCAGAACCAAGAAGAAAUAUAAGAAGCAUCCCCAAACUUUCUCAAUCACUACCAUCAAGAACGUCGAAAACGUCCCAGAAAUUGGUUUUGAUUCCUGAUCACCAAAGACUGCCUUCACCCCCAACGUCUUCUGCACACGAGACAGCCAGCGCUGAAUUACAAGCACAAAUGAUGCGCUCAAGAGCAGAGUUGAUGCCAAAGGAAAAACGAGCUGAAGAGUUUAGCCGAAUGACCGCUUAUUUUAUAUGUGAAGAAUUCAACUUAACCGAGGUAGCAAAGUUUUUGCGUAAAAAGCAUGAAGUGAAACCAAGGCUAUAUGACGAGGCAUUAUACGUACCUUAUGCACUCCCCUUAUUACCAGGAAGUGAUGGUGUCCGAGUUAAAUCAAAUAAUACCGCAAAACUAUUAGCCAAAAACAAAUACAUGGAGACAAUGAUCAACAAAAACGAACAGAAAACUCAUCUCUACGAAUACUAUUCUGGCGUAGAAACACCCGAAGACGCAAAUAAUUACUCCAUGGAUCCGGAAUUCGAAAAUGUCGAUAGCAAUACACCCUUUGAACCGUCAGAACCUCAAUAUUUUGCUCCCCCUUUAGAAACUAGCAGGGCUAGUGAAGACAAUGAAAGUACCAACAGCAAAAAGAAUGUCCCGGGUUCUACGUCUGCUUCUGUCCAGGACGUGUCCAAGCACCAUGCAGAAAUGUUUGUUUUUGAAUUUGGUGUUAUUGUGUUUUGGAAUUUCUCAGAAAUCCAUGAAAAGAAUAUUCUUGCAGAUUUAGCCUUUUCAGACAAAGACUUGCUAAUCAACCCCAUUGAUGAACAAGAUAUUGAGACCGAGGAAUUCCAUUAUGAAUAUGAUCAUCAGAUCCUUCGUCCAAGGAUUUAUAACGACAUGAUAACUUUGAGAAGCGCCGACCAUUUGAUCAAGCUUACCAUGUCAUAUGCCAUAGCACAACUGACAAAGUUGGAACUCUUUGAGACAAGAAUCGUGAAAACCUUACAUGUCAUUUCAAAACUUCCAAAAAAACUUGCACUUUCAGGGAAAAUUGGAAUAGAUCAUGUGAAAUUAGUUAAAAAGAAGGGUAAACUACUCAAAAUUAGAGUAGAUAUCAAUUUGUCAAGUUCAAUUUUGGACACACCAGAAUUCUUUUGGUCAAUGGAGCCAGCAUUGCAUCCGUUAUAUAAUGGCGUAAGAGAAUAUUUGGAACUCGAUCAACGUGUACAAGUCUUGAAUGACCGUCUUCAAGUCUUCCUAGAAUUUAUUGAGUAUGUGGAUGAGAAAAGCUCUAGUCGAAUAACCUGGAUGAUUAUUGCCAUCAUCACACUCAGUUUGCUGGUUAGUUUAUUUGAACUUUCUCUCAAUCUUUUCUAG